CGCCCGUCCGGCAGCGCACGGGUUAAGGCUGGCACCGCGCCCGGCGGGAGGGGGGGCGCCCACCUCCCCUCCCCCCCGCGCCGGGCAUGCGGGGCCCGCUGGGCACCGAGGAGGAGCUGCCGCGGCUGUUCGCGGACGAGAUGGAGAACGAGGACGAGAUGUCAGAAGAAGAAGAUGGUGGCCUUGAAGGCUUCGAUGACUUUUUCCCUGAGGAGCCCGUGAGCCUUCCCAAGAAGAAGAAGUCCAAGAAGCUCAAGGACAACAGGUCCAAAGGGACGAGGAAGAAGAAAGAGGGGAGCAAUGAUGAGCUGUCGGAAAAUGAAGAGGAUCUGGAAGAGAAGUCGGACAGUGAGGGCAGCGACUACUCCCCAAAUAAAAAGAAGAAGAAAAAACUCAAGGACAAGAAGGAGAAAAAAGCCAAGCGAAAAAAGAAAGAUGAUGAUGAGGACGACAACGAUGACGGAUGCCUCAAGGAGCCCAAGUCCUCGGGGCAGCUCAUGGCCGAGUGGGGCCUGGACGACGUGGACUACCCGUUCUCAGAGGCCGACUAUCACACGCUGACCAACUACAAAGCCUUCAGCCAGUUCCUCAGGCCACUCAUCGCCAAGAAGAACCCGAAGAUCCCCAUGUCCAAAAUGAUGACCGUCCUGGGCGCCAAGUGGCGAGAGUUCAGCGCCAACAACCCCUUUAAGGGCAGCUCGGCGGCGGCAGCCGCAGCAGCGGUGGCCGCGGCCGUGGAGACGGUCACCAUCGCGCCUCCGCUGGCCAUCAGCCCCCAGCAGGCACCCCAGCCUGUGCCCGUCCGCAAGGCCAAGACCAAGGAGGGCAAGGGGCCUGGAGUGAGGAAGAAGAUCAAAGGCUCCAAGGAUGUGAAGAAAAAGGGCAAAGGGAGAAAGGUGGCCGGGCUCAAGUUCCGCUUCGGAGGGGUUGGCAGCAAGAGGAAGAAAGGCUCCUCGAGUGAGGAGGAGCAGCGGGAGGGGUCGGACUUGGACAGUGCCAGCAUCCACAGCGCCUCUGUGCGCUCGGAGUGUUCUGCCCUGAUGGGGAGGAAGAGCAAGAGGAGGCGCCAGAAGAAGAGAAUUGAUGACGGUGAUGGCUAUGAGACGGACCACCAGGACUACUGUGAGGUGUGCCAGCAGGGUGGGGAGAUCAUCCUGUGCGACACCUGCCCGAGGGCCUACCACCUCGUCUGCCUGGACCCAGAGCUGGAGAAAGCUCCCGAGGGCAAGUGGAGCUGUCCCCACUGUGUAAGCCCUUGGCAGACGCGCCGGGGCGGGAUUUUGUCUGUGCCUGGCUUCCGGACUCCUGCACGGUCUUCUGGGGCAGAACAUGGGGAAGUGCGAGUGGGAGGGAGGGAGUCGCUCCCUGGUGGAGGUGGGGUCCUGGUCCAGGGUGCCUCCACCUGGACUCCCCCCCUCCAGGAGAAGGAGGGGAUCCAGUGGGAGCCGAAGGACGACGACGACGAGGAGGAGGAGGGCGGCUGCGAGGAGGAGGAGGACGACCACAUGGAGUUCUGCCGCGUGUGCAAGGACGGCGGCGAGCUGCUCUGCUGCGACGCCUGCCCCUCCUCCUACCACCUGCACUGCCUCAACCCGCCGCUGCCCGAGAUCCCAAACGGUGAAUGGCUCUGCCCGCGCUGUACUUGUCCCCCGCUGAAGGGCAAAGUCCAGCGGAUCCUGCAUUGGAGGUGGACAGAGCCCCCAGCCCCCUUCAUGGUGGGGCUGCCGGGCUCCGACGUAGAGCCUGGCGUUCCACCACCCAAGCCCCUAGAGGGCAUCCCGGAGAGAGAGUUUUUUGUCAAGUGGGCUGGGCUCUCCUACUGGCACUGCUCCUGGGUGAAGGAGCUGCAGCUGGAGCUCUACCACACGGUGAUGUAUCGCAACUACCAAAGAAAGAACGACAUGGAUGAGCCACCGCCCUUUGACUAUGGCUCUGGCGAUGAGGAUGGCAAGAGCGAGAAAAGGAAGAACAAAGACCCCCUCUAUGCCAAGAUGGAGGAGCGCUUCUACCGCUACGGCAUCAAGCCCGAGUGGAUGAUGGUCCACCGCAUCCUGAACCACAGCUUCGACAAAAAGGGGGAUGUGCAUUACCUGAUCAAGUGGAAAGACCUGCCCUACGACCAGUGCACCUGGGAGAUUGAUGACAUUGACAUCCCCUACUACGACAACCUGAAGCAGGCCUACUGGGGCCACAGGGAAUUGAUGCUGGGGGAGGACGCCAGGCUGCCCAAGAGGCUGGUCAAGAAGGGCAAGAAGCUGAAGGACGACAAACAGGAGAAGCCCCCGGACACGCCCAUUGUGGAUCCCACGGUCAAGUUUGACAAGCAGCCGUGGUACAUCGACUCCACGGGCGGCACACUGCACCCGUACCAGCUGGAGGGCCUUAACUGGCUGCGCUUUUCCUGGGCCCAGGGCACCGACACCAUCCUGGCCGAUGAGAUGGGUCUGGGCAAGACAGUGCAGACCAUCGUCUUCCUCUACUCCCUGUACAAGGAGGGCCACUCCAAGGGGCCCUACCUGGUCAGUGCGCCCCUGUCCACCAUCAUCAACUGGGAACGUGAGUUUGAGAUGUGGGCGCCCGACUUCUACGUGGUCACCUACACGGGGGACAAGGAGAGCCGCUCUGUGAUCCGGGAGAACGAGUUUUCGUUUGAGGACAAUGCCAUUCGGAGUGGGAAGAAGGUGUUCCGGAUGAAGAAAGAAGUGCAGAUCAAAUUCCAUGUCCUGCUCACCUCCUACGAGCUCAUCACCAUCGACCAGGCCAUCCUGGGCUCCAUUGAGUGGGCCUGCCUCGUGGUGGAUGAGGCCCACCGGCUCAAGAACAACCAGUCCAAGUUCUUCAGGGUCCUGAACAGCUACAAGAUCGAUUACAAGCUGCUGCUGACGGGGACCCCCCUUCAGAACAACCUGGAGGAGCUCUUCCACCUGCUCAAUUUCCUGACUCCAGAGAGGUUCAACAACCUGGAGGGCUUCCUGGAGGAGUUUGCCGACAUCUCCAAGGAAGACCAGAUCAAGAAGCUGCAUGACCUGCUGGGGCCGCACAUGCUAAGGCGGCUCAAGGCUGAUGUGUUCAAGAACAUGCCGGCCAAGACCGAGCUGAUCGUCCGCGUGGAACUGAGCCAGAUGCAGAAGAAGUACUACAAGUUCAUCCUCACGCGGAACUUCGAGGCGCUGAACUCCAAGGGGGGUGGGAACCAGGUGUCACUGCUCAACAUCAUGAUGGACCUGAAGAAGUGUUGCAACCACCCUUACCUCUUCCCAGUGGCCGCUGUGGAGGCCCCUGUCCUGCCCAAUGGCUCCUAUGAUGGCAGCUCUCUGGUCAAGUCUUCAGGGAAGCUCAUGUUGCUGCAGAAGAUGCUCAAGAAACUUCGGGACGAAGGGCACCGUGUACUUAUCUUCUCCCAGAUGACCAAGAUGCUGGACCUCCUGGAGGACUUCCUGGAGUAUGAGGGCUACAAAUAUGAGCGGAUUGAUGGUGGCAUCACCGGGGGCCUCCGGCAAGAGGCGAUUGACAGAUUCAACGCCCCUGGGGCCCAGCAGUUCUGCUUCCUCCUCUCGACCCGGGCAGGUGGCCUGGGCAUCAACCUGGCCACGGCGGACACGGUCAUCAUCUACGACUCAGACUGGAACCCGCACAAUGACAUCCAGGCCUUCAGCCGCGCCCACCGCAUCGGGCAGAACAAGAAGGUGAUGAUCUACCGCUUCGUGACGCGGGCCUCGGUGGAGGAGCGUAUCACGCAGGUGGCCAAGCGCAAGAUGAUGCUAACCCACCUGGUGGUGCGGCCCGGCCUGGGCUCCAAGUCUGGCUCCAUGACCAAGCAGGAGCUGGACGACAUCCUCAAGUUCGGCACAGAGGAGCUCUUCAAGGACGACGUGGAGGGCAUGAUGUCUCAGGGCCAGAGGCCCGUCACGCCCAUCCCUGAUGUCCAGUCUUCCAAAGGGGGAGCCCUGGCCGCCAGCGCGAAGAAGAAGCACGGCAGCACCCCGCCAGGUGACAGCAAGGACGUGGAGGACAGCAGUGUGAUCCACUAUGAUGAUGCGGCCAUCUCCAAGCUACUGGACCGCAACCAGGACGCCACGGACGACACGGAGCUGCAGAACAUGAACGAAUACCUGAGCUCCUUCAAGGUGGCGCAGUACGUGGUGCGCGAGGAGGACGGCGUGGAGGAGGUGGAGCGGGAGAUCAUCAAGCAGGAGGAGAACGUGGACCCCGACUACUGGGAGAAGCUGCUCCGGCACCACUACGAGCAGCAGCAGGAGGACCUGGCCCGCAACCUGGGCAAAGGCAAGCGCGUCCGCAAGCAGGUCAACUACAACGACGCCUCCCAGGAGGACCAGGAGUGGCAGGACGAGCUCUCAGACAACCAGUCCGAAUACUCCAUUGGAUCCGAGGAUGAGGACGAGGACUUUGAAGAAAGGCCGGAAGGGCAGAGUGGACGGCGACAAUCCAGGAGGCAGCUGAAGAGCGACAGGGACAAGCCCCUGCCCCCGCUUCUCGCCCGGGUUGGCGGCAACAUUGAGGUGCUGGGCUUCAACGCCCGACAGCGGAAGGCCUUUUUGAACGCCAUCAUGCGCUGGGGCAUGCCCCCCCAGGACGCCUUCAACUCCCACUGGCUGGUGCGGGACCUUCGCGGGAAGAGUGAGAAGGAGUUUAGAGCCUAUGUGUCCCUCUUCAUGCGGCACCUGUGUGAGCCGGGGGCUGACGGCGCGGAGACCUUCGCAGACGGCGUGCCCCGCGAGGGCCUCUCCAGGCAGCACGUGCUCACGCGCAUCGGGGUCAUGUCACUAGUUAGGAAGAAGGUUCAGGAGUUUGAGCACGUCAAUGGGAAGUACAGCACCCCGGAUUUGCUCCCUGAGGGGCCUGAGGGCAAGAAGCCAGGCGAGGUCAUCUCCUCGGAUCCCAACACACCAGUGCCCGCCAGCCCUGCCCACCUUCUGCCUGCCCCGCUGGGCCUGCCAGACAAAAUGGAAGCUCAGCUGGGCUACUUGGAAGAGAAGGAGCUGGGGGCGCAGAAGCCAAAGAAGCCCCCAGAAAUCCAGGCCCUGCCAACUGCCCUGGACAGAGCGGAGGGUGAGGACAAGCACGAGAGCUCGGAUGGCAAGGAGAGGGCCCGAGAGGAUCGACCGGAGGAGAUGGAGAAGGCCCAGCCCUCCCCAGAGCAGCUGCUGAAAGAAGAAGUGCUUGCUGAGAAGGAGAAGAUUCUGGACAAGUUGGAGCUGAGCUUGACUCACAGCAGAGGCGAUGGCAGUGAUUUCAGGCCAGAUGACACCAAAGCCGAGGAGAAGGAGCCCAUUGAAACACAGCAAAAUGGUGACAAAGAGGAAGAUGAGGAGGGGAAGAGGGAGGACAAGAUCGGGAAGUUCAAGUUCAUGUUCAACAUUGCAGACGGGGGCUUCACAGAGCUACACACACUGUGGCAGAACGAGGAACGUGCUGCUGUGUCCUCGGGGAAAAUCUACGACAUCUGGCACCGGCGCCAUGACUACUGGCUGCUGGCGGGCAUCGUGACGCACGGCUAUGCCCGUUGGCAGGACAUCCAGAACGACCCGAGAUACAUGAUCCUCAACGAGCCCUUCAAGUCCGAGAUCCACAAGGGCAACUACCUGGAGAUGAAGAACAAGUUCCUGGCGCGCAGGUUCAAGCUGCUGGAGCAGGCGCUGGUCAUCGAGGAGCAACUCCGGAGGGCCGCGUACCUCAACAUGACCCAGGACCCCAACCACCCCGCCAUGGCCCUCAAUGCCCGCCUGGCCGAGGUGGAGUGCCUUGCCGAGAGCCACCAGCACCUGUCCAAGGAGUCCCUCGCCGGGAACAAGCCUGCCAAUGCCGUCCUGCACAAGGUCCUGAACCAGCUGGAGGAGCUGCUGAGCGACAUGAAGGCGGAUGUGACGCGCCUGCCCUCCAUGUUGUCCCGCAUCCCCCCGGUGGCUGCUCGUCUCCAGAUGUCAGAGCGCAGCAUCCUGAGCCGCCUGACCAACCGAGCCGGGGACCCCACCAUUCAGCAGGGCGCUUUCGGCUCUUCCCAGAUGUACAGCAACAACUUUGGGCCCAACUUCCGGGGCCCUGGACCGGGAGGGAUUGUCAACUACAACCAGAUGCCCCUGGGGCCCUAUGUGACCGAUAUCUAGCCGUCCCCGAGAUUUCCCUCUGCUGCCGGGCUCGUUUCCAGUGGAGCCGCGCCUGCCGGGCCCCCUGCCCGACCCCCGCAGGAGAGAAAAGCUGCCACCUUUCUAGAGCCACGCCACCCGAGGACAGAAAGGGAAACGGAGAAAUGCCACCUUGUGGGGACGAGGCCGCCUGAGCCCAGAAGCGCCACCCGGGACGCACCCCUCGGCCACCUCUGCCAGGAUGGCUUCCUAGAGGAGCUUUCAUUUCUUUGUACAUCUUUUGCACUUUCCUGUUGAAGACUUGAACAAGUUUGUCUUGAUAAAAGUUGAGUGACGUGUGGAGGAGUCUUGACUUGCAGCACGUAUGUCUCUCUCUGCCGACGGGUUCCAGACCUGAAGGGAAGCUCCUGGGAGCCCAGAGGCCGCCCACGGACUCGGCCCGGCUGAGGAGGGCGAGCUGCCCGCUCUGGGUGCCCUCAGUCUGCCCCCAUCCCCCAAUCCCGUCUGCACCGUGCUCCAGCCCCUUGCCCGUGAGGCCCCCCGGUGCCAGGUGGGUCAGGACUGGGGAACUGGCCGGCCCGAGGCUAGAGACCUGGCUGACGCCCAGGUCAGGCCAGGCUGCUUCCUGCAAGGCUGGAGACCACCAAGUAUGUGCUGUCUCCGUGGGACAGGUGUUGGCCUGGGGGCUGCCGGAGCCUUUGUCUCAGGCCUCCAUGGGAAGGGGCGUGCCCUCCCUCUAGCGGGGUGUGGCUAGCGUUCCAGUGGGGAGGGUCACAGCAGCGCUGAGGGGGGCCCAGGAGCCCCUGGUCCUGCCCUGUGCCCUGGGAGGCCGGUCAGCCCCACCUCCAGGUACACACACACUCCCCGUGCCAUCUCCUGGCCGCAGAUGUGGAGAAACCAGGCCACACGCUGGAGCCUGGACUUAUCCCUCCCUCUCUCCUUGUCCCUGGAGAGGCCUUGAUCUGGGCAUUUGCCAUCUGGGGUGGGCCACGACUGCCCUCGCUGUGUUCUCGGAAGGCUUGGGGAAAGCUUGGAGGCAGGGGACUGGCCCCAGUGGCCUCUGCAGUCUUCCCAGCUGGAGCACCCCCAGCUUCCUGCCUUGUUUCCUGCCAGUAACGCCCCACUGGAAUCCUGACCCUCCUUCAGGCAGCUGGUGGUGCGCUGUGAUGGCCCCAGUUUGGAGGAAGGGAGGGACGGGGCCAGGGCCUGGGCCUGUCUGUGUCUCAUGUUCCCUGUGGCCCAGCCUGGAAGGGAAUUCCGAGCCUUGAGCAGGGAGGGGCCUUCCUGGCGUGGAGCCCUGGGUGCAGAAUCCUGUCUGAGAGAGACAAGCUGGGCCUGGGCGUGGAGGCACCAGGGGGGUUCUGUUCCCUGGCCAGGACUGGGGCGAGGAUUUGGGGAUGUCUUGGGGACACAGGGCCACUGGCCAGCCCUCCCAGAGCCCAGAUGUCCUCAACUGUAAAUGGCUCUCCCUGAACCCCUAGAGGGCUGGACCCCCAAGGCCCCUGCCAUCUCCAGGCUGGCCAACCCUGGCACUGUGGGUGGAGGAUUGGGGGUGGGGGCACAGAUGUCCAGGACACACGUGACAGCCGCUGACCCCGCCUCCCGGAAGGGUGGGGUCAUUCCUGUCCCCUAUGGUUUGUCCAGCGCCAUGUGUACACACGUGGUCCUCUGACCCGUCCCCCCCGCAGAGGUUCCGGCUCAGGUCAUGGGCAGCGUGACCGCCAGGAGCCCCCGACACGGGGCCCUGUGACUCCGCCCUCUCAAGCAGGCAGUCAGCCUGCCAGACUGGCUGGCCUGGUGGGGAACACAGUGGAUGCAUCCUGAAUGUCAGGUCAGGGGGCACAUGGUAGAGGACGGGGGUCUGUGUUGUCCCCACUGCCUCACUCCAAGGGCAGGGGGUCCUUCCCCUGCCAGCCCUUGCUCCCCAGCAAGCUUCCCUCUGCCCUUCUGUUUUUGCUCCUUCCCAGGCCUCUGCCCUUUUCCUCUACCACCCAGAGCCAGGCGCCCACAGAUGGCCUGGGCCCCGGCACUGCCUGGGCCCCGGCACUGCCUGGUCCAGGAAGGGCUCAGCUCUCCAAGACCAGCACCUGGGAGGCCUGGGAGGGGGGCUGCGGACAGCUGGGGAGUGGGUUUCUGGCUGACUGGUUUUGGAGAGGAAAAAGGAUCUUAGGAAUGUUUUCUUCUUGGUUUAUCAAGUUAUCUCCUGCCGAAAGUCGUAGUGGUGGGGAGGGGGCGUUGGCCAUCACGGUCCUCGGCAUCUUCAGGCUGGGUUUGGUUUUUGCCGCGGGCAGGAGAGUCAUCCUGUGCAAGCGGAAGCCGAAAGUGCCCGUGCUUCCGUUUCCAGCCACCUUAUCAUUUAGACCAGUGCUGAGUAGGCUUUCUGUUGAUCCAUCUUGGGGCCACAGUCUCGGAAGGCGUAGCUGGCUGGGCUCCUGGGUGACCAGGGGAGUUUGGGCUGGACUGACUGUGUCCGGGGGUCCCCUUGCACACGCCCACCAUGGAAGCACAUCCUGAGACCCCCUGUGCAAGGGGGCCCUCCCUGCAAGCCGCCUUCAGAAGCUCCUUUGUUUUCUGCAAGUGAUGACCAUGGUCCUGUUCUGCUGGUACCACGACCCGUGCAGCCACCUGCCCUCCUGCUGGUUGGGCGUCCCUUCCCAGGGUCCUCUGGGGACUCCCUGGGCCAGGUCAGGGGCUGGCUGAGUCUUGCCCCAGGGACACCUGUAGCCCUUGCUGCCAGGUGUUGGGUCCCAGGAAUGCUGAGGGCCUGAGGGGAUUGUGUAGAGGGUAGGCUCGGGGACCUCCGGAGUGUGCCCAGAGUGGGGUGGCAGGAAGGAGCUUAGCUGGGAGGCGGGGGGCUGAGGUCUUGGCCCGGCCACGGUCCAGGGUGCCCCCUCCGUACCUGCAGCUGACCUGUGCCGACCACUAUCUCUGUCGAGGAAGCUGGCUCUCGCCCCAUUUUAUAUUUCUGGAAGUUUACAGUUGUGGUGCAUCAGCCCAAAGUCAUUGGCUUGUGUUUUGGGAUUUUUUUCUUAGUUUUCAGAUUUUUUUUAAACAAAGUAUUUUUUUAGGUGCGAUAACCCAGAAAGGGCCCGUUGGGUGUGUGUGUGUCCUGAACCCCUGAUACUGAGCUGGGAGCCUGAGCCUCCCAUGGCUCCUCUGUGCCUGGGGUUGAGGGGAGGGGCCCACCCCCCUGCCUGGGCAUCGGUGCGUGGGAGGUCGAGGGAGCAGACGCCUGCACCCAGGCUGGCAUCUGGCCCAGCUGAGAGGGGCCGGCCCCUUGCCUGGUAGAGCCCCCAGCUGGUGAAGGGGCCGGGGCGCUGGGGCGAGUCGGGACGGUCCCAGCCAGGCAGCCGGAGCUGGAGGCUGAGCCCCUGUGUGUAGUCACCUGUCCGGUCCUCAGGAGGAUGUGUAGGAGGCUCGAUAAAGAGUGUAACCGACCCGGUUCCCUUUACUUUGUACUCUGUGUAUGUCUUGGUUUUCUGUGUUUUAAUAAAUCCUUUGGGAAAGGAUUGGAUCAAAGAGCGUGUUCCUAGCUUCUCACUGAUCUAGGAUGGGGGUGGCUGGGGAAGGAUGUGAGGGGGAUGUCAUCUAAAGCCACCUCCCACCUGAGGAGACACGGCCCUGUGAGGCUGA